AUGGCGGCCCUUGCGGAACAGCGGGGGCGCGAGAAGGCGGCUGCUGACAAGGACUGGGGCCGCAAGUUGGGUGGCCGUGACAAGGAGCUGGUGGGGCGCACCAAGGAGCUGGACAAGCAGCUGCAGGGCGCUGAUGAGCGCAACAAGGCUCUGUCCAAGCUGCUUGCUGAAACGGAGGCCGAGCUGUCUCAGGCCAACGCGCUGUGGCAGCGCCGGCUUGAUGAUGCGCAGUCAGAGUGGGGCCGCCAGGUGGCUGAGGUCGAAGCGUCCUGGGAGAAGCGCGUUGGCGGGGCGCUGAGGGACGCCGAGGGCAGGCUGGUAGACGAGGCGCGGCAGCGGUACGCCCAGGAGCGCCAGCAGUGGGAGCACGACCGCUCCGACUGGGAGCACUGGCGGGUGCGGCUGCAGGAGGACCUUGACGCCGCCAGGGCGGGGGCAGGCCUAGACGCGCGCAAGGGUCUGGCCGCACAGCUGGCGCAGGCAGAUGAACGUACAGCAGCAGAGCGCGCGAGCCUGGAAAGGGCCUGGACGGCACGCCUGGAGAGCAGUGAGGCGGCAUGGGUACAGCGGCUCGAGACGGAGCAGCGGACAGCGAUGACACGGCUGGAGGAGUGCCGGCAGCGUUGGGCAGCAGAGAAGGCUGCCUUGGAGGAAAAGUGGGCCCAGGCAGCUGGAGAGGCUGAGGGCAAGUGGCGGCGCAAGCUGGACGAGCUGCGCAGCAAGUGGUCUCAGGAGCAGGCAGCUGCGGACAGCGCCUGGGCCGCACGUCUGGAGGAGGCGCACAGCCGUUGGCUGCGUGAGCGCGGCGAGCUGGAGCACGGGGCUGCCGAGAAGCUGGCCUGUGCCCAGGAGCUGGCCGUGGCGCGGUAUGACGCACUGCGCGGCCAGCUUGAGGGGCGGGUGGCGGCCAUCAGCGAGCAGCUGGCUGGGCUGACGGCCAAGGAGGGCAAGAAGGAGGCGGCCCGCAAGGAGCUCAAGCAGGAGGUGGGCAAAGUGGCGGCUGAGUUAACAGGUUAA